AUGCCAAUGAUUCAGAAACCUCUUUCCCUCCUCUUUCACAUUUUCAUGUUUUCCUCAUUGCCACUGAUCACAACCGCAUCAUCAUCUCCAACACCAAGAGCACAGGCAGAGGCCCUGAUCAAAUGGAAGAGAAGCUUUCCUUCUUCUUCUUCUCCACCACCUUCACUUCUCCAUUCAUGGUCCCUCACUAACAUCAACAACCUUUGCAACUGGACCGGCAUUGCGUGCGGCAAUCACACCACCAAAACCAGAACAGUCUCCAAAAUAGACCUCUCCAACAUGAACAUCACUGGAACAUUAAGCCGAUUCGACUUCAUCCGGUUUCCCAAUCUCACUCACUUCAACCUCUUCAGCAACAAUUUCAGUGGACAAAUUCCAUCUUCCAUUGGCAACCUCACCAGCCUCACAUUCUUGGACUUGGGCAACAACUUUUUUGAUCAAGAGAUACCAUCUGAGAUAGGCAGGCUAGCAGAGCUGCAGUACUUGAGUUUCCACAACAACAGUCUCUAUGGUGCCAUCCCUUAUCAACUAAGCCAUCUCCAAAAGGUACGGUACUUGGACCUUGCAUCAAACAUCUUUAUGUCUCCUGAUUGGUCCAAGUUUUCUGGCAUGCCUUCAUUGACCUACCUUGAUAUUCAUGAUAAUACUCUUCUAAAUUCAAGUUUCCCAGAUUUCAUAUCCCACUGCUGGAACUUGACAUUCCUUGACUUGUCUCAGACUAAUAUGACUGGCCAAAUACCAGAAGCAGUAUGUAACAAUCUGGCCAAACUUGAAUAUCUCAAUCUCACUAAAAACCUGUUUCAAGGACCCUUCCCAAAAAACUUUUCCAAACUUUCCAAGCUCAAACACCUUCAUGCACAAGGGAACAAGUUCAGUGCCCCAAUUCCUGAAGAUAUCGGUUCAAUUCUUACGGGUCCCAUCCUGCCUUCCCUUAUCUGCAAUUGGACUGAAGUGGAAUCUUUGCAACUUCAAAACAAUAAGUUCAGUGGGAAUAUUCCGGCAGAAAUUGGCCUGUUGACAAAGCUCAACUACCUUUUUCUAAACAACAAUAACUUCUCUGGAUCAAUUCCUUCAGAGAUUGGUAACUUGAAAGAUUUGACAAUAUUGGCUCUUUCAGGAAACCAGCUCUCAGGGCCAAUCCCUAUGACACUGUGGAACCUCACAAAUAUUAAGACAGUCUACCUUUACUUCAACAAUCUCACUGGGAUGAUUCCACCAGAGAUUGAAAAUAUGGUGUCGCUGGAGGAAUUUGAUGCAGACACUAACCAGAACCACCUAUAUGGAGAGUUGCCAGGCACCAUUUCUCGGCUUACUAAAUUAAAGUCAUUCUCUGUGUUCACCAAUAAUUUUUCGGGAAGCAUUCCAAGGGAUUUUGGCAGGUACAGUCCUAAUUUGAGCAUUCUGUGCCUUUCGGAUAACAGCUUUACAGGAGAGCUGCCACCAGAAUUGUGUAGCGGUUCUGCUCUGGAAGAAUUGUCUGUAGGUGAUAACAACUUCUCUGGGUCAUUGCCAAAGUGCUUGAGAAAUUGUUCAAAACUACAAAAAGUUGCUGUUGGUCACAACCAAUUCACGGGAAGCAUUACAAAUUCAUUUGGUAUUCAUCCUAAUCUUAACUCUGUUUUUCUCAGCAAUAAUCAAUUUGUUGGUGAAAUCUCACCAGAAUUGGGAGAAUGUGAAAGUCUCAUUCGCUUAUUGAUGGAUAGAAAUAAAAUUUCUGGUCAAAUCCCAUCUGAGCUUGGGAAGUUGAGCAAAUUGGGAGUACUAAUCCUGGACUCUAAUGACUUGACUGGAUACAUUCCGGCUCAGUUGGAAAACUUAGGCCUACUGUACAAGCUCAAUCUGAGCAAGAAUCAUUUGACAGGAGACAUCCCCAAGAGUCUAAGCAAUUUGACUAAUCUCCGGGAACUUGAUUUAUCCAAAAACAAUUUGUUAGGAAACAUCCCCACAGAGCUUGGUAAGUUUGAGAGGUUGUCAACUUUAAAUCUGAGCCACAACAAUUUAUUUGGUCAAAUACCACCAGAGCUUGGUAAUUUGCCCUUGCAGUACUUGUUGGACCUCAGCAGCAAUUCACUCUCAGAAUCGCUUCCUGCAAAACUGGCUAAGCUAAAACAUCUGCAGAUUCUUAAUGUUUCACAUAACCAUCUCUCAGGGAGCAUCCCAGAAACAUUUUCCCAAAUGGACAGUCUAUUUGGCAUUGAUUUCUCUUACAAUAACUUGACUGGUCCAAUCCCAACUGGUGACGCUUUUCGAAAAGUGCCUGCAAAUGCCUUUGUUGGAAAUGAUGGUUUAUGUGGAGAUACAGAGGGACUAAAUCCAUGCAACUCAAAUCGCGGAAAGUCCAACAAGAUUAACAAGGUUCAUCUUGGACUCCUGGUUUCCGGUACUUUAAUAUUAGUGGUUGCAACUACAAGUGCUGCUGUAGUUCUAAAUUUCUGCCGCAAAUCAAAACCAAAGGAAACUGAAAAUCCUAGGAUGUCUGAGAGUUUUGAUUCAGGGAUAUGGGGAAGAUACGGAAACUUCAAAUUUGGUGCAAUUGUGAAGGCAACAGAGAACUUUGAUGAGAAGUACCACAUUGGAAAAGGCGGAUUUGGGAGUGUCUACAAGGCUGUGUUGGGCAGGGGAAAAGUGGUUGCAGUUAAGAAGCUGAACAUUUCAGACUCUAGUGACAUUCCAGAAAUAAAUCGCCAGAGUUUUGGGAAUGAAAUACGAACCUUGACAGAAGUGAGGCACAGAAACAUAAUAAAGCUUUAUGGGUUCUGUUCAUGGAGGGAGUGCUUGUACUUGGUGUAUGAAUAUGCAGAGAGAGGUAGCUUGAGAAAAGUAUUGUAUGGGACAGGGGAAGCAGAACUUGGAUGGAGCACAAGGGUGAAAAUUGUGCAAGGGCUAGCUCAUGCAAUUUCUUACUUGCACAAUGACUGCUCUCCUCCAAUUGUUCACAGGGACAUAACUUUGAACAACAUACUACUCGAGAAGGGUUUCGUGCCAUGGUUAUCGGAUUUUGGAACUGCAAGGUUGUUGAGCACAGAUUCAUCAAAUUGGACUUCUGUAGCUGGAUCUUACGGCUACAUGGCUCCAGAGCUAGCUUUCACAAUGCGUGUGACGGCUAAGUGUGAUGUGUACAGCUUUGGAGUGGUGGCAUUAGAAAUAAUGAUGGGAAGGCAUCCUGGGGAGCUUUUAGCUUCUCUAUCAGUCUCAUUACCAGAAAAUGCAGAAUUGCUUUUGAAGGAUUUGUUAGACCAACGACUAAGGCCUCCUCCCGGUCAGUCAGCAGCAGCAGUGGCUUCUGUGGUAACCAUGGCUUUGGCAUGUACGCGCACUAAUGCAGAGUCAAGACCGACCAUGGAUUUUGUGGCAAAAGAACUAUCAUCAGCCAGGACCCAGGCUAACCUCUCUGCACCAUUUGGUGCGUAUGAAGGUGAUGCAUAG